AGACGACCCCGUACCGUUUGCAGAAAUCAAUUGAGCGGGCACAUGGUGCCCCCCUAACUACCCGCUGGCUAGUUUAUUGCACAAGGUCCAUCUGCCAGUCCUGCACUCCACCUUCCAGUCUUCCACUCUUCUGCUCCGUCUUCCUCUUUGUUGGCCGGCAUAUAAAUCUUGCUUCAGCAACUGAUCUGAUCCGAGGCUUCUGAGCUCGGGCUCAUGGAGUUCAAGGGGAAGGACGUAUGGGGCCUGCUGCUGGUGCUGCUCCUCGGCCAGCUCGUCGCCUUCUCCAUGGCUGCCUCAAGCUUCACCUCGUCCCUCAUUGCUAAUCUUGGAGUUGAUGCACCACUCACACAGUCUUUCUUCGCAUAUCUGUUGUUGACCUUAGUUUAUGUACCAAUCGUCCUGCGUCGACGGCAGAAACUGCAAAUAGCUUGGUACUGGUACCUAGCCCUGGCGUUCAUUGAUGUACAGGGGAACUAUCUUGUUGUGAAGGCAUACCAAUACUCGUACAUCACCAGUGUAACUUUGUUGGAUUGUUGGACUGUUGUAUGGGUCAUCGUACUCACCUGGUACGCUCUGGGCACAAGGUAUUCUAUCUGGCAGUUUUUAGGGGCAGGGACAUGUGUGGCAGGGCUUGCCCUUGUGCUCCUUUCAGAUGCACAAUCAGCAAAGGAGCAAGACCCAAGUAAAAUACCACUUCUGGGGGAUGCCCUUGUUAUUGCUGGGACAGUUUGCUUUGCGUUUAGCAAUGUUGGGGAGGAAUACUGUGUCAAGAAGAAAGAUCGAGUUGAAGUUGUCGCAAUGCUUGGACUCUUUGGGUUGCUUAUCAGUAUUGUUCAGAUACUUAUAUUUGAAAGGAAGAGCCUAGAAACAGUUGCAUGGUCUCCAACAAUGAUAAGUCUCUUUGCAGGAUUUGCAGUGGCAAUUUUCAUGUUCUACACAAUUACUCCUUUCGUUCUUAAGAUGAGUGGAGCAACAUUGUUCAACCUUUCACUGCUAACAUCUGACAUGUGGGCAGUCGCCAUUCGAGUUCUAUUCUACCAUCAGCAGAUAAACUGGUUGUACUAUCUAGCAUUCACAAUUGUGGCUGUUGGAUUAAUCAUCUACGCGUUGAAUGAAAGUUCUUCAGACGAUAAAACAGCUGCAAGUACAGAAGCAGCAGCACAAUAUCAACAGCUUCAAAGUGAGGAUAAUUCAACAGGAUGGGAGUCUAAUGAAGGCGGCCAAGAAAGGACACGUAAUGAAGUUCACAUUUGUUAGUGGUCAAUGUACAAAGAGUCCUUCCUGUUAAUAGACAGAUUUGUCCCAAGUCAAAAAUAUGGUAACAUAGAUCUCCGGAGUAAAAUGCUGCUCCCUUCAUCUGUAGGCCAACAUGUUAUUAUCUCAAUUAAAAAAGGGACUACAUAUUGUUCGGCUAAUUUUCCCAUACGUAUAA